CAUCAUCGGGGCGUUUCAGGCAGCGCUCACACACACAGCAGCUUUCCUCCUUAUCUCGGAAAUAUCCACCCUGAAUGGGACAACAGUUCCUCUCCAUACAGACGACAUGAAAUGUUGAAGUGGUAAAAAUGAACAAACCCAAAAUGGCCACAGAGAAAGGCGUUCCCAGUAACUCCAGGGUGCUGAUGCUCCUUGGCCAACUGGAAAGGAUGAACGGAGAGGCCAUGGUGAGGGAUGUCGAAACGGCAAGACAGGUCACUGCAAAGAUAUUUCAUCUCAUACAGACACAGGAGAAGAGUGGAAAGGAGGUGAUGUCCAAAGGCUCCAGUGGCAUGGAGGUCAUACUGGCUUCACUGGAGAACACUCGGGAUGUCCAGACCACUCUGAACAUUUUGUAUAUUCUCAGUGAGCUGCUGACUGUGGGCAGGGGUCGCAGGGUGGGUGUAUUUGUGUCUAAAGGAGGAACAGGAAUAUUAUUCCAGAUUCUGAUCACUGCCAGUAAAGAGUUGCCUCCAAGUGAAGAACUUAUGCUGCAGCUUCACUCACUGCUUGCCAAGGUUGGCCCAAAAGACAGAAAGUUUGGGGUGAAGGCGCGUUUGAGCGGAGCGCUGAACGUCACAGUCAACUUAAUGAAACAGAACCUACAGAAUACCAAACUGCUUCUGCCCUGCCUGCAGGUUCUCAGGGUUUACGCCACCAACUCUGUGAAUGCUAUUUCUUUGGGCAAGAACGGAGUGGUGGAACUCAUGUUCAAGAUUGCCGCGCCGUACAGCAAGAAGAACACCAGCCUGCUUAAGGUAGCUCUGGACGCUCUGGGAGCACUGCUUAAAUCCAAAACGAAUGCUCGCCGCGCAGUGGAUGGCGGCCACGUGCCUGUCUUGCUGGCUCUUUACCUGGACUGGCAUCGCAAUGAUACACGGCAUCGCCACAUGCUGAUUCGCAAAGGGCUGCUUGUCUGCCUCAGGAACAUCACCAACAUCAAACUCGGCAGGAAAGCAUUUAUAGAUGCUGAUGGCAUGAGGAUCCUCUACAACUCAUCCACCGAGUGUCUCCCAGUUCGGACAUUGGAUCCACUUGUCAACACUUCGAGUCUGAUCAUGAGGAAAUGUUUUCCCAAGAACCGUCUGCCUCUGCCCACCAUCAAAUCGGCCUUCCACUACCAGCUGCCACAUGUACCUGCUGCAGGGCCUGUGGCACAGCUGUACAGCCAGCCACCUGGGGGGAGAAAAACUCAUCAGCUCUGCAACAGGCCCUUAAAGAAGGUGGAUGAUGUGGUGGAUGAAAGUGACGAUAACGAGGAGACAGAUGCGGACACAGAGAACGAAACCGAGAAUGAAGAGGAUGAGAAGGAUCAGGGCACUGUGAAUGAUGACAUAGAGACGGACCUAAACAAGCUACAUCCCAAAAAGAGCCCCGGUCGUCCAUUCGAGGAGUUGAGGGUCUAUGAGAGGUUCUUCUUGGAGCUUUCUGAAGACUUCCAGGGUUAUAACUUUGAAUCCUCAAAGAGUGCCUCUACCACAUCAUCAUCAUCUCUCUCCUCAUCAUCAGCCUCAACUCGAUCCACUCGCCCAAUCAUCGUGCCCACAGCUCAAGCCCUGUCCCCAAAGCAUGUCCCCACAUCGAGCUCUCAGGGGGAUUGCAACCUUACAAAAGGACAACACACCCUGCCAUCGCCCUCUGCGCCCACUCCUGCUCCCCCUACUCCUCUAACACCUCUAGAACUGGAUGCCAUACACCUCAACAAGGACCAAGACAAAAAAGAGGAGGCCCACAUUCCUUCCCCCGACACACAUACGACAUUGUCCUCCCUCGUCAGGCCUCCUUCUCAGGGGCAUAAGUUAGAACAGGAUCUUGCACAUGUGUUGGAGUGUGUCUCUCUCGAAGAGGAGAGACCACUGAAUACAGGAGAAGAAGGAGGAAGGGGAGUCAAGCAAGAGGGAUCCCCAGUCAAUGCCACAAGACAUAUACAGUCUCCUCUGCUCUUGGGGGGCAUCGCUGCUCGUCGUGUUGGAGGAGGAGGCAGUAACUGGGGUUCAGACUGUGGCUCAGAGGGAGCAGAGGAUGAGGGAGGGGAAGGAGCAGUUCUGGAGGUGCCAGACACGGCGCUGCUCCUCCCGCUGCAUGACCCCGACCUUUACGUGGAGAUGGUGAAGGGAACAUGCUCCGUACCCCAGUACGCUGAAGUGGCCUACCCAGACUACUUCGGCCAUGUAGCCCCAACAUAUAGGGAGCCCCUUCAGGAGAGAGUUUAUGGUGUACAGAGGUCGAAGAUAUUCCAGGACAUCGAGAGGUUGAUUCACCCUAAUGAUAUCGUGGAUAAAGUAGUUUAUGACCUGGACAUUCCCAGUUGUCCUGUGAUCGAAGACGAUGGCGAAUCACUGAAGUUCAACUCUCAGUUUGAGUCUGGCAACCUCAGGAAGGCAGUUCAGAUUAGGAAAUAUGAGUAUGACCUUGUGCUGAAUUCAGACAUCAACAGUAAUCAUUACCACCAGUGGUUCUACUUCGAGGUGAGCGGCAUGCGCAUUGGAACAACCUACCGUUUCAACAUCAUCAACUCCGAGAAGUCAAACAGCCAGUUCAACUACGGCAUGCAGGUGCUGAUGUACUCUGUGCAGGAGGCGAUCAGUGGCCGGCCUCGCUGGGUCAGGACCGGAAUGGACAUCUGUUACUACAAAAAUCACUUUGCAAGGAGUUCCAUUGCUGCUGGUGGUCAGAAGGGAAAGUCCUAUUAUACAAUGACCUUCAGCACAAGCUUCAGCCAUAAGGAUGAUGUCUGCUACUUUGCCUAUCAUUACCCAUAUACAUACUCCACUCUCAAGAUGCACCUGUCCAAACUGGAGGCUUUGAGGACACCUCAGAUCUACCUGAGACAGGACGUCCUGUGUCAAACUCUGGGGGGAAACAGCUGCCCUCUUCUCACAAUCACUGCCAUGCCAGAGUCCAACUCCAAUGAUCACAUCUGUCAGUUUAGGAAUCGUCCGUUGAUCUUUCUGUCAGCCAGAGUGCACCCUGGAGAGACCAACGCCAGCUGGGUAAUGAAGGGUACCCUGGAGUUCCUGAUGGGCACCAGCCCACUGGCAGCCAGCCUGAGAGAGGCUUACAUCUUCAAGAUCGUCCCCAUGCUCAACCCCGAUGGUGUUGUAAAUGGAAAUCAUCGUUGUUCUCUGAGUGGAGAGGAUUUGAAUCGCCAGUGGCAGAACCCCAAUCCUGAGCUCCACCCCACCAUCUACCACACUAAGAGCCUGCUGCAGUACCUUGCACACAUACAAAGGGCACCGCUGGUGUUUUGUGACUACCACGGUCAUUCCAGGAAGAAAAAUGUGUUCAUGUAUGGCUGCAGUGUGAAAGAGACAGUAUGGCAGUCCAAUAUCAGCGCUACAUCCAGUGACUUACAAGAGGACCUUGGAUACAGGGCACUGCCUAAGAUCCUGUCCCAGAUCGCCCCGGCCUUCAGCAUGGCGAGCUGUAGUUUUGUUGUGGAGCGCUCCAAAGAGUCAACCGCCCGCGUUGUUGUGUGGAGAGAGAUAGGAGUGCAACGCAGCUACACCAUGGAGAGCACGCUCUGUGGUUGUGACCAGGGCAAAUAUAAGGGUCUUCAGAUCGGUACCAGAGAGCUGGAGGAGAUGGGAGCUCAGUUCUGUGUGGCCCUGCUGAGGCUGAAGAGGCUGACAGGGCUCCGCAAUCACCAACACCUGCUGGAUUUAGAGAGCGAUAUUAUUGGGACCCAGUCUAAAGUGGUCAGCAGCAGCCCCACCACCUACGUGAUGGAGGAGGAUGAGCCGUCCUUCCUGGAGGCGAUAGACUACAGCGCAGAGAGCAACGAUGAGGACGCAGAGCCUGAAAUCGAGCACGCCAGCGAAGUCCAGGAGAAUCCCGAUCAACUGUCGGACUCCGAGACAAAUCACAGGGAUUAACGCUGAGCUGUUUAUCUCCUAUUCAAGAUUUCACAGGUGAAACAGUCUGAACACACUCUUCUCACUCUGGUGAAUAAAUAGCUUAGAUUUACACCUGAUCCUGUUAUAUAGACACUCUAUGAUGGUAUGUAGGCUACACUGAGGUGCUCCUUUUCCCAGAUGGAUUGAUUUUGUCGGCCCGCUGGAGCCAACUGUCGAUGAAUGUUCUCACCUUUCACCGUCAUCCUAUAACCUCCAUGAACUGUAACCCCUGACCUCAGACACCAUAUAGCCUCUGAGAUUCACUUAUAGCUAGCCAGAGCAGCAAACAGCAGGCACCGCCGAUCCUUAACUUGAACCCCUGCCACUCGCUUAUUUCUCACAGCCGAUCUCACGCUGAAGCUACCUGACAAAGCUGCGGUCGUGUAACAGAGCCAGUGGCUUCUCUAGGUACUGUUUUUGAAACUCACCCGUCACCUUGUGUCUGGUAAACACUCCCGGUGAUGGACAGUAACUGGAUCUCCUCCAACACUUCAAAAUCUGACAA